AUGUCCUUUCUGUUUCAAGAACGAGAACCACACGACGACGACCAAUCUCAAAUUCGUUCCAAUCCUCAUCCUCCUCGUCGCCAAGAACAAGCCAACGAUGAUGAACAAGAUGCCGAUGGAGUUGUGGUCGUCUACGGAAGCACGUAUACCUACGAUGAAGAGCUUCCACCAGAAAUGACUACCAAGUUUGGCGGCAAAGUUGCCAUUGAAGUUUCCAAAUUGCAAAAGAAAAUAAAGCAAGACGCGGAACGAGCACUUGCAUUCACUGUGGAGGAAGCACGAAAGGCGAUGCGCAUGUUUUCUGGUUCGUUGGAAGAAUUUAGGAAUACCAGCAGCAACUCGUCGGCCGUGUCGGUUUCUCCAUAUGUUCUUGCCGUGCUCGAGGCUGGUGGUACAGUGAGUAUGUUGGUGGCCCUCGAAAAGUGGUACAAAAAGUCGGAAGAAUGUUCCCUUUUGGCCAUGGGAGGUUUGGCGACUCUAGUCGUAUCCGAUCCUUCCAGUGGGCUUACCAUUGCCUCCAUCGGCGCCAUUACCACCAUUGAGCAAGUUGUUCAACAAUACCCAAAGUCGCAAAUGGUCAGUUCAGAUGCUAUUGAGGUCUUAUUGAGUUUGGCGGGACAAGUUGUGACGAGACCAUUGGUGGCGGGUGAAGAUUGUCGGGGUUUGGUCCAAACGGCCAUGGCCCAAUUUCCAAUGGACGAAGAUAUUCAGUUGGAAGGCUGCGAGUACUUUUUGGAAAUAGGAAAGCUUGAUGGUAUCAAGGAAGACUUGUUGCAAGAAAAAAAACUUGGAAAAUUGUUGGGUCAUGCAUUGGACCAGUUCCGAGAAGAUAUUUCCAAACGAGCAGUGCAAUGGUAUUCGUCAUAG